AUGAAAAGAACUUGAUUUUGAAAAUGGCAUAGGCAUUAAAAGAUAUGAAAGGCGUGCUAAAGAAACUCUGCGCCAUUUUUUGCAUGAAUCAUAUGGUUAGCAAGACCUCUUAGAGGCUCACAGUUGAUAAGGGGGCGUUGGCUGUCCGAGUCAUCCAGCGUGAGCUAGAGUAGCCCUCUCGAUGAUCCAAGUAAACACAGAGCGAGUCCUCUCUUCACCACCGGGUGGCCGUGCGCAUGAGCUGUAACCUCUCUGCGGGAAAGAUGGCGGAAGAAGAGUGAGUUUUUAGCGUUUGGCUCCGUGGAGUGGGACCUUAAGUAUCCGAUGACAUCCUUCGUGCAAAGGAAAAAGAUCCCCUUGGUUCCAGAAAAUCUCCUGAAAAAGAGGAAGGCUUAUCAGGCCCUCAAAGCCACCCAGGCAAAGCAGGCACUUUUGGCAAAGAAAGAGAGAAAGGUAAAAGAGAUCAGAUUUAAGCGACUGGAAUCAUUCCUGCAUGAUUCCUGGCGACAGAGACGUGAUACGGUACGAGUGAAACGACUAAAAGUGAAACCUCGAGCUUUGGAAGCACCUGAUAAACAUUCCUUGGCCUUUGUUGUCCGCUUCCAAAGAAUUAACGGGGUGAGUUUAAUGGUACAGAGGACCAUUGCAAGACUUCGCCUGAAGAAGUUGUUCAGUGGCGUCUUUGUUAAAGUCACCCCCCACACCCUCAAAAUGCUGCGUGUAGUGGAGCCUUAUGUGACCUGGGGAUUUCCAAAUCUGAAGUCUGUCCGGGAACUCAUCUUGAAACGUGGACAGGCAGAGGUCAAGAAUAAGACCUUCCCUCUGACGGACAACACAGUGAUCGAGGAGCACCUGGGCAAGUUUGGUGUCAUUUGCCUGGAAGAUCUCAUUCACGAAGUGGCCUUCCCGGGGAAGCAUUUCCAGGCGAUCUCCCGUUUCUUGCACCCUUUCCACCUCUCUGUGGCCCGGCAUGCUACCAAGAACAGGGUGGGCUUCAUCAAGGAGAUGGGCUCACCUGGCUAUCGGGGUGAACGCAUCAACCAGCUCAUCCGCCUGCUGAACUAGUUCCAGAUUAUCAAAGCACAGUGCCUUGGAAGCAUGUGUUUUUGUUUUUCGGAACUGUUACCAAGUAUCUUCAGAGAAGAUGAUUUUCUGCCCUCAGAACUGGAAGGAAGCUGUCAGGGAAGUGCAGGUUCUUGUCAUGGUGGGCACCUCUCACCACUGCCCAGUUUCAAGAAAAGUUCCAUUGUUUUCCACAUUGUCCAUCGCCACCGCUGCCACUGAAAUCAGCACAUGCCAUGUGGGAAGGAGUCCUGUUUUGUUGCAUUUUCUGUCCUGGGGUUUGGUGUUGGUGAAUGAAUAACCUGACACGGGUAUGAGGCUCCCUACAGCUUGUAGCAGUAGAACCAGCCCAGAGGCAUACUUGAGUCUGGGGUUCCAGGGCUUUCUUUUGAAAAGACUUGAAAUACAGUUAACAAAGAUCACAAAAACAAGUGUU